AUGAGCAACUACGACGGACAGAACCCAUACUACGGCGGCGGAGGCGGUGGAGGUGGAGGGUACGUAGCGGGCGGUGGAUCGCCAGGCGGGAGUCAAGGCUCAGGCGACGGAGGAAAGAAGAAAGGCGGAAACAACACCGCUCGACCAGUAACCAUCAAGCAGAUCAUGUCGGCCGAACAAGCCCACCCGGACUCGGACUUCCAAGUGGACGGGCAUGACCUCGGGACGGUCAUAGUAGUUGGCUCGGUCCGGAACUGCUCGACUUCAGCGACGAAUGUGAAUUAUUCGGUGGGGGACGGGACGGGGUAUUUGGACGUGCGGCAGUGGUUGGAUUCGGCGGAUGAUGAGUCGGGGAAGAUGGAUGGGAUCGGACAAGACCAAUACGUCUCCAUCAUGGGCUCCCUCAAAUCCUUCGCUGGCAAGCGCCAUAUUUCCGCCACCCACAUCCGCCCCAUUUCCGACCACAACGAAGUCUACCACCACCUCUUGAAGGCAUUAUGGGUCAGCCUGAGUCUGCGGUAUCCCGGUGGAGCUGGUGGUGGUGGUGGAGCUGUGCAACGCCAACAAGGCAUGCAGUCCGACUACGCCGCCGCACCCGCCAAUAACGCCAACGCCAACGGCGGGGCCAACCCCGACUGGGCGCACCUUCCCGUGAUGCAGCGCAAGAUUAUGGAGCUGGUUAGUAAGGACGUGACGGAUGAGGGGAUGCACGUUAGUGCGAUCAGUAGGACGGUGGGCGCUGGGAAGGGAGAACUGGCCGUAGGAGAAGCUAUCGAGGCGCUGAUGAGCGAGGGUAUGCUCUUCUCGACGAUAGAUGAUCUGCACGUCAAGGCGGUAUAG